GGCGACUGCGCUCUCAGGUCUCAGGCGAGUGUUGUUGUCGUGUGUGAACGGUAGAGUCGCUUCUCUCCUCCUUAUACCCGCUAACACCACUUGUCAGCUGCACACCAUGGAUCCUGCCUUCGAGGGAGCUGGUGCCGUGGAGGGCCUGACCAUCUGGAGGAUCGAGAACUUCGAGGUGGUUCCAUACCCUAAGGAAAAGUACGGCCAGUUCUACCAGGGGGAUUCCUACAUCGUCCUCUAUACAAGAGAUGUGAAUGGAAACUUAAGCUGGGACCUGCACUUCUGGUUAGGUUCGGAAACAUCUCAGGAUGAAGCCGGUACAGCAGCGAUCAAGACGGUGGAGUUGGACGACCAGCUGGGCGGUGUUCCUGUCCAGCACAGAGAGGUGGAGGGCCACGAGACCUCCCUCUUCCUCUCCAGGUUCAAGAAGGGGGUGAGGUACCUGAAGGGGGGUGUGGCCUCUGGUUUCCAUCACGUGGACCCAGAUGCACCUUACCCUGCUCGUCUCUUCCACGUCAAGGGCCGCAGGAACAUCCGUAUCAGACAGGUUGAAGUUGGUGUAGGAUCCAUGAACAAGGGUGACUGCUUCAUCCUGGACUGUGGCUCACAAGUCUAUGCAUACAUGGGGCCAAGCAGCAGGAAGAUGGAGCGUCUCAAGGCCAUCCAGGCGGCAAAUGCUGUGAGGGACGAUGAUCAUGCUGGAAAGGCUAAAGUCAUUGUUAUUGAUGAAACUGCAUCAGGAAGUGAGGCAGGGGAGUUCUUCUCUGGCCUAGGUGGUGGUUCCCCUGAUGACGUCGCUGAUGAAGAUACUGGUGUUGAUGACUCUGCCUUUGAGCGGUCUGAAGUGAAUGUGGUAACACUGCAUCACAUCUUUGAGGAUGGUGAUGGUGUUAUUCAGACAAACAUGAUUGGUGAGAAGCCUCUGCUGCAGUCCAUGCUCGACUCUGGUGAUGAUGACAAGGACUGUUUCCUUCUUGACACUGGUGUUGGAGUGUAUGUGUGGAUUGGCAGCGGCUCCAGCAAGAAGGAGAAGGUCAAGAGUAUGGAGUUGGCUGCUGGCUAUAUGGAGAAGAAAGGAUAUCCCACAUACACGAACGUACAGCGUGUGGUUGAGAAGGCUGAGCCAGCGGUGUUCAAGGCCUACUUCAAGACAUGGAGGGAACCUCAAGAACAAAUUGGACUUGGUCGCGUCUUUACCCAGCGACAGAUGUCUGCAGUGUCUGCUACAGAGACAGACUUCGACGUUAGCUCCUUGCAUGCAGAGAAGCGCCGUUUGUUGCAGAAGAAUGCUGGUCCGGCCUUUGGCUUUAUGCCCGAUAAUGGUUCUGGCAAGACGGAACUUUGGCGCGUUGAGAACUUUGAGCUUGAACCAGUGGAUGAAAGCACUCAUGGCUUCUUCUUCGGUGGUGAUUCAUACGUCCUGAAGUACAUCUAUGAGGUUAACGGCAACGAACGCUACAUCCUCUACUUUUGGCAGGGUUGUGCCAGUAGCCAGGACGAGAAGGCCUCUUCAGCCAUCCACACUGUCCGCCUGGAUAAUGAACUGUGUGGCAAGGCUGUUCAAGUUCGUGUUGUUCAGGGGUAUGAGCCGGCACACUUCCUCAGAAUUUUCAAGGGUCGUAUGGUCAUUUUCCUCGGCGGUAAGGCGUCUGGCUUCAAGAAUGUGCAUGAUCAUGACACUUAUGAUGUUGACGGCACAAGGCUAUUCCGGGUGCGCGGGACAUGUGACUUCGAUACCCGUGCCAUCCAGCAGGCUGAGGUAGCCGGCUCUCUCAACUCCGACGAUGUCUUUGUCUUGGAAACCCCAGGGAAGACUUACCUCUGGAUUGGCAAGGGAGCAAGUGAAGAGGAGAAGGCUAUGGGUGAAAAGGUCGUCGAGUUGGUGUCUCCAGGUCGUGACAUGGUGACUGUUGCUGAAGGAGAGGAAGAUGAUGAUUUCUGGGGUGGUCUUGGAGGCAAGGGUGACUACCAGACUGCUCGUGAUCUGGACAGGCCCCUGCUGUACCCCAGACUCUUCCACUGCACCAUCUCCCCUGCUGGCUGCCUCAGGGUUAAUGAGAUGUCUGACUUUGCCCAGGAGGAUCUGAAUGAAGAUGAUGUUAUGGUGCUGGACUCUGGUGAUGAAGUAUAUGUUUGGGUGGGACAAGGUUCAGAUGACCAGGAGAAAGAGAAAGCCUUCACAAUGGCAGAGAACUACAUUAAGACCGACCCAACUGAGCGCACCUUAGACGCUACCGUGAUCCUGCGCAUCAACCAGGGAGAGGAGCCGGCAGCAUUCACGUCCAUCUUCCCUGCCUGGAACCCAGACAUGUGGCAGCAGCUUCCCAGAUGUGCCGAGAAGUCUCAAAACAUAGAAAAAACAAUUCUCCCUAGUGCUAAAGGAGAGUCUAAAAAGACCGUUAAAGUUCAGCUCCCUAAAGCUGAGGAAGAACCUGAAAAGGUUGACAAAAUUCAGCUCCCCAAAGCUGGAGAAGAAAAAGUUGCCAAAGAUCAGCUCCCCAAAGCUGGAGAAGAACCUGAAAAGAAACAAAAGACUUCUAACUGUUGCAGUUGCCAAUGAGCGUAAAGGGCUGGUUAGCUACGACGACAUGAAGGCACAGGUGGCCGAGACGAAUGCUGCAGUUGAGUGAGAACCUACAAUAUGACAAGGACAGAGGGCGAAGAUUCUGCACAAAAAUAGAAGUGAAGGAGGAGAAAAUAACCAAAUUUUAUAAUCAAUGAGUUUAAGGGGAGGGGGAGGGGUAUUAUAUGUUUUCCUGAUGAUGCUGUGUCUAAGUGCUGUAUAUUGACUUUAUAUUCAAGUUUAGCCUCUCAAUACAGUACUGUAUAAAACAGGAUUUAAGUACAUAGUAAGUUUACUUUGUGAUAUUGAUUUCUAUCUUAGUGGGAUUUUUUUCUCUCUCUUAAUUGGCACUUCAGACAAUGGUAUAACACUUAUGUUUGAGAUUUUGUUGAUCUUAAAGAAAUUUUUAUGAAACAAAAAUGGUUAAAUUUCAGUUCUUGGAUAACUACAGUGCAUCCUUGUAUUACAUAGUGUAAUGGAUAUACAGAUUAGAUGUGUUGGUCUGAUGGUGCUUGAUGCUUAUUGCCGGUCAUGGUCAGUGGGACCUCCUGUAGAUUUUCAACUUUUAGUGCCUUAAGUGUCCAGUUUUCAAAAUACACAGCACAUUUUAUAAUAUUAUUGUAUGCCUUCGUAACUCUUGCCAGCAAAGUAUUAUAGUAGAUCUCGUAAAAUUUAAUGUAGAAGUGUUACUGCCUAUGGAAUGAUGCAUUUUUAGAGCAUUUAUGUGCACAGAAUACCUUGUAGACAGAGGAAACAGUUUGUUAAAGAAAUAUUGAUCAUGAUAAACUGAUUUCUAAGUAUUUUAAAUGUAAUAUAAAAACUUUGAGUAGUUAGUAAGUACAUAAUAUUAUAUACUUGGCUUCAUGGUCAGAAAUGGCAGAUACAUAAUAUUACAUUUCAAUAUUUACUAUCAGCUUGUUUGGUUGUCUAUGGCCUCAGUUUCUUAAUAUCUUGGCCUUUGAAAAAUCUCCUUCCAUCAUCCCAGGUCUUAAGUGUGUUUCAAAGGGGUACACAUCCUCUCUCUCUCUCUCUCUCUCUCUCUCUAAUCUUUGCCUCUAGCUGUACUGACACUCGGAAAUGAUUUUAUUAUUAUGUAAAAGGGUGAACUUCCACAACUUUAUAAGGGUCCCGGGAACUUACUAUUCUGAGCAAAACAGGAAAUCUUAGAACUUACUACUCAAAGGAGGAGGAAACCAUUUUCUUAUCAUAGUAAUAUUUUUCCAGGGAUUAAUAUCCAUGUGAUUCCACUUGAAAUAAAUCAGUCGAUAUAGUGUACCGUCAGUUGGUAAUAUUUGUGAUACUGUAGAACCUCGUCUUACCGGAUAAUACACAUAAUUGAAGUGUUUUGAUUUGGUUGAUCUUUGUUUAUGUAUAUGGUAGUAUUUUGGAGAUAAGUUAAGAGGCUGGUGACUCAUUUUUAUUUAAAUUAAGGUAUUUUUUCAAGAUUCUUUGUCAAAUCUCUCUUAGAAUUUGCUCCGAGUUCCCCAGAUUUAGUAUUAAUCGGUUUUUCUAAAUAUAAAUCCAAACUAUCAUCUUAAGAUCAUCUCUACUUAACCUGCCAUUUACAAAGUUUGGUAAAAUGAGGUUUAACUGUGACAAACAACAAUUAAUUUUUCUAUGACACAUUACAUAGGCUUCCAUUAAACUAAGUAGUAAUGAUAUUUUCCUAAUACCUAAAGAGUAUAAGACCCUUGUCAAACUGGAGUACUUUUUAAACCUUUCACAUACAAUGUAUUUUAUACCCUGGAUAUAGCCACUUGAUUUUUUUUUUUAUUCUAUGAAAUACAUUAAACAACACACAUGCUUAUUCCUUUAGUACUUAAUCUGUCUAGUCACUGGAGUAUUGUCUCUGACUACAUUGUCUUUCCUAUAAUUUGCACAAAAUAAAAUAAACAAAAUAUU